AUCCGCCCCCGUGCCGCCGCUGGUCCUCCUCUGCCUCCCGCGGGCCAACUUGAGCCCCUGGGCGUCCCUGAAUGGCUGUUCCCGAGUGGGGUUCACGCACUGUGCGCAUGGCUGCGUUUUUGACUUUGGGACUUCUAAGAUUAGGCAAAGUGUUCACCAGAUGAAAUUCCUCCCGGGAAGCCGGUAAGUUAAAAAAAAAAAAAAACAAAAACAAAAUGUGGACAGCAUGCAACACAACCCCAGCCGAGAGAGUACUUGAAAGAGAGUUGUUUCACACCGAAGGCAUUCUCCAGAGCUGGCAGAGUGUGCAACAGAGCAUGUUAAAUUGAUAGCGAGCUGCGUCAUUGUGAGAAUUUGUCCCCAUGAUUUCUUUGGGGCGGCAGGCAGAGUUGAUGCACCCCCUCCUCCUUCCCCUCCAAGGGAUGCGGAAAAAGUUGCUUACAAACUGGGAGCGUGAAGUCACAAGCCAAGUAGACAGAUCACGGGACCACCGUCGCUACUACCGAGGACGGCAAGUGGAUGACAGUUAGACUGAAGAUCCACUUCGCUAGUCACUCCACCCUCCUUGCAGAACUGUGGAUUACUCGCAGUUUCGGUGACUACACGCCCUCAUCCAUCCCUGCGGUCCCAGGACAGUCGCUUGGGGUCUGGCGGAAGAUGGCAUCCAGUCUGACUUGUACCGGAGUGAUCUGGGCUCUGCUGUCCUUUCUUUGUGCGGCCACCUCCUGUGUGGGGUUCUUUAUGCCUUACUGGCUCUGGGGAUCUCAGCUGGGCAAGCCUGUGUCCUUUGGCACUUUCCGGAGGUGCUCCUACCCGGUGCACGAUGAGAGCCGGCAGAUGAUGGUGAUGGUGGAAGAAUGUGGGCGCUACGCCUCCUUCCAGGGCAUCCCCAGCCUAGAAUGGAGGAUCUGCACCAUCGUGACGGGCCUGGGCUGUGGCCUGCUUCUCCUGGUGGCACUGACUGCCCUUAUGGGCUGCUGUGUGUCGGAGCUCAUCUCCAGGACAGUGGGAAGGGUAGCUGGAGGAAUACAGUUUCUUGGGGGCUUGCUGAUUGGCGCUGGCUGCGCCCUCUAUCCCUUGGGCUGGGACAGUGAGGAAGUGCGGCAGACUUGUGGCUACGUUUCUGGCCAGUUUGACCUCGGCACGUGUGAGAUCGGCUGGGCUUUCUACUGCACCGGAGCGGGCGCCGCGGCCGCCAUGCUGCUGUGCACGUGGCUGGCCUGCUUCUCGGGCAAGAAGCAGAAGCAUUACCCGUACUGACCCCGAGCCGCCGGGAAGAGGGGCCGGCGGGACCCCACGGGCCGAGACGCCUCGCUGCUCCCCAAACGGUGGCGCGCAGCGGUUGGAAUCCAGCACGGUGCUGAUGAACUGAAACCCGGUGGAAUCAGGAACAUCGAAUGGGAAUGGCUGGUGGUGGGAGUUUUUGUUUUUUUUCUUCCAACAUACGGAGGAUGUGGAAUGACGGAGGAAGAAAUGGGCCUCGGGUGUUUCCAUUCCACGGAGUAUUGUUAACGUAUAUCACAUACACAAAGCAAUUCUAUAUAUGCAAAGUAGGGUCUUGUGUUUGCUCUGUUUUACAAAGGUGGGGACUGGGAAGACUCAAAAGGGCUAGUAGAAACAGUAUUAUCUUGGGGGGGGGGCUGAGUGGACACCCCGCAGGCACGCCCACUGCAGGUGAGGACUACGCCUGAAAGCACACGAGCACAUGCACGCACACGUCUCUACAUACAUGCACACGCGAACAUCACCACACGCACCGGACAGCGGGGUCAGCGGUGUAUUGCUCCUGUUUUCUUCUUAAUGUACAUGGAAAGGACAGUAUUCUCAUUUUAUAAAGCAUACAUUAAACCUGGUCCGUGAACCAAUAAGCCGCUCCACCAGUAUUUUAUAUAUCCUGCCUAGACUCUUUAUGCGCUCAACACGACUUUAGUGUUUACGCAGGCCUUUAGAGUUCAACCUUCCUAUUUCAGUGUUAUUCAAGACAUGAACUAGUUCUCUGAGUAGCUUCUGUCAUGAUAUCCCUAUGAAGAAAAGGCACCUUUUGACCACUAUAGGUGAGAAUUCAGUACAGACAGGAAAGAAAGGCAUUUUCCAGUCGUUAGAUCUUUCCUCCUUUUGUUCAUUUUCCUACUGUGCUGUACCACAUUUAUUUCAAUAUUCAUUUUGUAAAAAAUUAAAUAAAUAAGUAAAAUGAAAAAUACUAUUUUGUUUGUUUUCGAAAAGCUCUGUGAAUAAACUCUCUCUUUGAUCAAUA